AUGCAAGCCCCCCGCCUGCCCUGGUUCUUCCUGCACGCCUGGUGGGCCCUGCUCCAGGCGGGCGCCGCGACCGUGGCCCCGGUGCCCCUCCGUGCGCGGGGGCAGCCCUCGUCGCCGUCGCCUCUGGCGUACAUGCUGAGCCUCUACCGCGACCCGCUGCCCCGGGCGGACAUCAUCCGCAGCCUGGAGGCGCAAGAUGUGGACGUGGAUGGGCGGAACUGGACCUUUGCUUUUGACUUCUCCUUCCUGAGCCAGGCGGAGGAGCUGGUGUGGGCCGAGCUCCGGCUGCAGCUGCCCGGCCCCGUGGACCUUCCCCCUGGCGUUCUGCUCUCCGUCGAGAUGUUCCACCAGCUGAAGCCGGAGGCGGAGCAGGACCCAGCCGACUGCCGGGAGCGUCUUCGGAUGGACUCGUUCACUGUCCCUCUGUCCCAGGUGACCUUUUCCUCAGGCAGCAUGGUCCUGGAGGUGACCAGGCCGCUCUCCAAGUGGCUGAAGCACCCUGGGGAGCUGGCGGAGCAGAUGUCCAGUUUGGCCGGAGAGUGUCCGCAGCCGCCUCCCGCCCCGCCGGUCACCAGUGCGCUCCUCAUGCUCUACUCCAACCUCUCCCCGGAGCAGAGGCGGCUGGGUGGCUCCACCCUGUUGUGGGAGGCGGAGAGCUCCUGGCGGGCCCGGGAGGGACAGCUCUCCCAGGAGACGGCCAAGAGGCACCGCCGGCACCACUUGCCGGACAGAAGCCAGCUGUGUCGGAAGGUCACGUUCCAGGUGGACUUCAACCUCAUCGGAUGGGGCUCCUGGAUCAUCUACCCCAAGCAGUACAACGCCUACCGUUGCGAGGGCGAGUGUCCUAACCCUGUUGGGGAGGAGUUCCAUCCCACUAACCACGCGUACAUCCAGAGUCUGCUGAAACGAUACCAGCCCCACCGAGUCCCUUCUACCUGCUGUGCCCCGGUGAAGACCAAGCCGUUGAGCAUGCUGUAUGUGGACAAUGGCAGAGUCCUUCUAGACCAUCACAAGGACAUGAUUGUGGAAGAAUGUGGGUGCCUUUGA